CAAGUGUGCUUAUAUAUCUAUCUUACAGCCUCUAACCCCCCAAAAAAGCAAGCUUCAAGCAUAUGGACAUUCUGAAAAUCUUCUUCGCCUUUUCUUGGCUCAUCGUCCUCAUCUCUGCGACACAAAAUGAGUGUCCAGUUUCUUCAUGUGGGCAGCGGAAUCACCCGAGCUACCCUCCAAUUAGGUUUCCCUUCAAGCUCCAAAUCCAACCUCAAAACUGUGGCUAUCCAGGCUUUGAUCUCACUUGUAGCCACUCCCCAAACAUCCCUGUCCUUAAUCUCCCUCAUUCAGGUGAAUAUUGGGUUCGCGACAUCAAUUAUCUCGGACAACAAAUUGUUCUUUCUGAUCCUCAAGAUUGUCUUCCCAGAAAGUUCUUAGACAACAAUCUUAAUUCCACUUCCAUUUCUCCCUUCGUGUCUAAUUUCAAGAACUACACUUUUCUGAGCUGUCCUCCUGAGGCUGUUCUUUCCAAGCUCACUCCCAUUCCUUGCCUUAGCAAUUCAACAUCUUCCAUAUUGGCAACUUCUGCUUUUAAUCUUGCCAAGGGAAUGACCAUGUGUACCAUAAUCGGUGAAAAUAUUGGUGUUCCAGUUUCAUGGCAUGUCGAAAAUGAAGAGGAUGACAAUGCGGUUGUAGUUAAUCUUGCUAAUGAAUUUACCUUGUUUUGGGACCUUCCAAGUUGUGCGACUUGUGAAGCAAAAGGUGAUCUUUGCGGGUUUGCUGACAAUACCACCCGGGAGAUUACAUGUUUGGAUCCUCCUAAUUCAGGAGCUUCAAAGGGUCUGCGAAUCUUCCGUAUUAUGGCUGCAACACUGGUGGUUCCAGCCUUAACUUGUUCACUGACGGUAUGUUGUGUAAUGUACCUAGCAAAGAGGUCAGCAUCAUCAUUCAAUGCACAACAAAACAGAAUUAUCAAUUCCAUCAUCGAGGCUGCGAUAGCACCACCACCGCCACAGUUCACUACUACCACUCCUACCUCCCCAGCUGGCCUUGAUGAUUCUACCAUUGAAACCUACAAGAAAGUAGUGCUCGGCGAGAGCCUGCGCCUUUCCGGGCCGAAUGACAAUACCUGCCCUAUUUGUCUAACAGAUUAUAAGGCAAGAGAAACAAUCAGAUGCAUUCCUGAUUGCCAGCAUUGUUUCCAUGCUGACUGCAUCGAUGAAUGGCUACGGAUGAAUGGUUCAUGCCCAGUUUGUAGAUGUUCUCCAAGAACUGCCGCCUAAAAAAUUCAUCACAAAUUGCAAAUUUUGAACACCAUAUCAGGAUCUAUAUAUAUUCUUCUACCAAAACGGAUUCUUUGGUCUCAUUGUUGUGGCGUUAUGUAUUUAUUAUCUCGCCUAAGGGGAUUGUAUAUCCUACUCAUUGGACAUUCUGUAUUCUUUCACUGUAGAACACAUUUCAUUUGGUUUUCGCUGCCCUUUAGUUGAAAUCGUGAAGAAAAAGAAGCUCUAUUCAUAGAACCAACGUAUAAGAACCAUGUGGGCUUAUAUGGGACUAUUCAUAGUAGAUAUAUACUCUACAAUCUCGGGAAAAGAUAAGGUAACAGCCCUAAGAUUGAGGUAAUUUAGUCUCCUAAUCUGAGAAAAAAGUCCUCCUUUUGGCUAUAAAAAAUAAAAAUACAGAGAAGUUAUUGAAGUGUACACACAAUUCAUCAUCAUCAUCAUCAUCAUCAUCAUCAUCAUCAUCAUCAUCAUCAUCAUCGAUCAGCCACAGGCAUGGAGGCGGGGGAGCUGUCAGAAAUGCCACAAGAAAUCAUUCAUCGCGUACUAUCAAACAUGACCACCAGAGAAGCAAUAAAAGUGGGUGUCUUGUCAAAGGAUCUGUACUCCGCAGUGGUCACCUGUCCAACCCUAGUUUUCGACCCUGAAUCCUUCAUCAUCUCGUCUCGCAUAUCUCCCUUUUUGGACAGCACGGACAAAAAGAUGCAGAAAAUAUGUAGGGACGAAGUUGAUUAUAUGUUGUCCACACUGCUUAGGUACCAGAAGGUCCAGAACCAAAAUAUUGGUCUAGACAGCUUCACAUUGAAGGCGGCGCGCAUGGAGGAUGUUUGCAACCCGAUGUGUCGAAUUGGCCGCCACUAGAAAAGGAUUGAGAAGCCUGACUCUGACUUUGGCUUGCGACUUUACCACUGUCUUGCCUUGCUCAGUUUUCCAGGUUGAAUCAUUGGUUGAAUUAAGUUUAGAGAGGUGUAAAGUUUUGCUGGAACAACAUCAGGGGGCCCGUACCCAACUUUGGCCUAAUCUCAGGAGACUAUCUCUGGAAGACGUACGUUUUGAAAACCCUCAAGCCUGGUUUGACAAGAUCACUCGGAGCUGCCCUCUGAUUGAAUCCAUGGAGAUCAAUGGUGUCAGGGGAACUGAUAUUUGUUGCCAGGAUCAACGUGGUCAUCAGCUCCGGAGACACUGUUUCAAGGUUACCAAUUUCGAAAACCUUAAGCAACUGAGUGUUUUCGUAUAUCCAGGGCAUAGUGUUGAAGUGGAUGCAAUCCCAAAUCUGGAAUCCCUGAGUCUUACAAGAACCCGUCUGUGCUUGGGUCAAUCUUGGUCAACCCCGAUACCAAAACCUCAAAAGCUUGUACCUUUUUCAUAACCUGGGAAUCAAUCACAGUAAUGGGAAUGACUACUUUUCCUCCAUGGACUGGACACACCAGUUCCCUCAGCUUGAGGAAUUAUCCAUCCAAUACUACAUAAACUUGAAAAGGCUCAACAUCUCAAGUCGGACAUUGAAGAAAAUAAAGCUGGAAGGCCUCAUAAGAUUGGAGGAGGCUUACUUUAAUGUGCCUAGCACUGCUGUUUUCGAGUACAACAACUGCCCCGUUGAAGCCCAAAGUGCCACAACUACACCCAAGUUAUCAUUCGCCUCGUCAGGAGAACGAAAAUGGAUAUCUCGCCUGGAAUUAGAUUGCCAAACCACAGCCUCCUCCUGGUUGGUUGAGUUGAAGGAAUUGUUAACUUCACUCAAAGGGUCUCAAAUUUUUCUUACUGUUUGCAUUAGGUUCACUGAUAAUGAUGGAUAUUCUUCGUCAUUGCUGGAGGAGGCGAUCAGAAACUGGAGACUGAAGAAUUUGGAAUUCCUGAAAGCAGGAGGGGAAACUAAUAUCAUGUGCUCAUAUAGUUGUCUGUGGCAUCCUUGGGUUUUGUCGCCCUCAGAACCCUAAUAUUUCAAAAAAAAAAAAAUAAAAUUGUACAAUUGUAAGAAUCCUGGGUUGAUUCAAGACAUAAUGAUCAUUGGGACUGGGAGGUGGUCGUCUGAGUUUUGUGGCGUGACAAGUAUCGGGAUUGAGAUUAUCCUGUUUGAUGAUAAGUUCCAUGAAACAGGACGUAAACCAUCCGACAAAUGGGAAUUUCUAGAUCUAUUUUUAUUCAAAAAAGCUCGUGCGAAGAGGACUCCAUCACCCCAUGAGUUUGCAGGAUGAUUUUUCCUGCAUUGCUUUCUCAAUCAUACACCUAGUUAAUUUAACUUAGAUAUUCCUUCAUAUUGAUUUUAUUUUAUUACAAUUAUGUGCCAUCAUAAACAAAUAAUGCUGCUUACCAAACUUCUUAGCUUUAAUUUUAUUUCCCCCUUCCUUUCAGCUAGGCCCCCAGGGUAUGCAUUUGUAGAGGUGAGUUUCAUGUUACUUGGUAUUCAUUGUGUUGAAAUAUUCACUGUGCAAGUUUUAAUUCAUUAAACAUUAGCUUGCUGUAUUGAAUAGCUAUGUUUUAAUUCCCUAA